GAGAACAGCAGUUUGUCAAAUCUAGACUGAUGUUAAUGGUCGUAAAAUUUGUAUUAGAAUGCUUGGUUGAAUUAUUUUCAAUGUUUCUUCGUCUUGAUACGCACCUUAAUUAAAACAAUAUACUACGAUAGACAGUACAUGCUUUAGAGGAGAAAUGUAGGAGACCUUGAAUUCAACAAAACCGACAAGUGUCAAGGUAAUUUCAUCCUGUUAGGACAAGUUCGGAAGUCAGGGUUUUUGAACUCUGAAAAUUUGGUGGUUCAAAUAUAAAUUAAAUUUAAAUUUGUGAAGAAUUAAACAUGACAACAUCAUCCGAAGAUGUUUUGCUCAGCGUGAAUUGCGUACGCUAUAAGAAGGGAGACGGGACACUGUAUGUAAUGAAUCAAAGAUUAGCAUGGAUGUUGGAACACAGAGACACAGUCGCAGUAUCUCAUAAAUAUGCUGAUAUCAAAACACAAAAAAUUUCACCAGCUGGCAAGGCUAAAAUACAGCUUCAAGUGGUUUUACAUGAUGGCACAUGUUCUACAUUUCACUUUGUUAACCCGGGUGGCCCAGAGGCUCAGGCCAAAGACAGAGAUCAAGUGAUGGUAUUACUACAAAACCUCUUACCAAAGUUCAAAAGACAGAUUGAUGGUGAACUAGAAAUGAAAUCUAAAUUGUUGUCAUUGCAUCCAACAUUAAAACAUUUGUAUGAGGAUUUAGUUAUAUCUAAAGUUAUUAAUAGCGAGGAAUACUGGAAUACUCCUACUUUGAAACAAUAUACAGAAUCUAGUAACAUUAAACAGGAAGCUGGUGUGUCAGGUGCAUUCCUUGCUGAUAUUCAACCACAGACAGACGGUUGCAAUGGCUUGAAAUACAAUCUAACUCAAGAUAUCAUAGAUGCUAUAUUCAAAACAUAUCCAGCAGUCAGAAAGAAACAUAUUGAUUAUGUACCCAAUAAAAUGACGGAAGCUGAAUUCUGGACGAAAUUCUUUCAAUCACAUUAUUUUCACAGAGAUCGAAUAGCUUCGUCAUCGAGCAAGGAUUUAUUUGGAGAAUGUGCUAAAUUAGAUGACCACGCUAUUGCUUCAGCAAUGAGACACACAACACUAGAUCUUACGGUUGAUUUGAAUAAGUUCAUAGAGCACGUUCCACUGUUACCGACUGAAGAAGAAGCUAGCAAUGAGAAGGAUCGAUCUGAUAAUAAUUCUAUACACAGAAAUAUGAUUAAACGUUUCAACCAACACUCUAUUAUGGUGCUCAAAGCUAGUCAAAAAUCAAAUUCUAGUAAUAAUAGUAAUAGCAGUAGUAGUAAAACAUCGAAUAACAACAAUAAAGUUAUCGAAAACGGUGUCAAAGAUACAAAUGGUGUCUCAAAGAGACCGGCCGAACACAGUACAGAACCGAUAGAAAAGAAAAAACGAAUAUUAGAGCAGAUACACUACGAGGAUCUAGUUGCAGACCAGGGAAAUGAUGAUGUACAGGAAUUAAAAUUGUCUAAGGUAGAAAGAUAUUUAUUAGGACCGUCGUAUCAGAUAAGUCAGACGAGUGUUCAGACGAGCCACCCGCCGCCGCUGUCGGCCUUGGCGUCCGUAUGUCAGGCGUGGUCGAGCGGCCAACAGUGCCAGCGGCCGGCGCGGGUGAGCGCGGGCGCGGCUGUGGGCGCGCUGGGGGAGCUCAGUCCGGGCGGCGCGCUCAUGCGGCACCACCACGCCGCCUCCAUGGCACAACUAAUACCGGCGGAUGUGAAGGCGGAACUUCAGAGGCUGUACGCGUCGUGCGGCGAGCUGGCGAGGGAGCUUUGGCGCAGCUUCCCGCAGCCGGGCGCGCCGCCAGCCAACGAGCAGGACGCGGCGCCGCGGGCGACCAUGUUCUACGACGCGCUGUUGCGGUUUAGGAAUUUGAAACUUAGGCCAUUCGAGGAGAAGAUGCUCCGUGACCUGACGCCGCUGGCGACGACUCUAACGAAACAUUUGAACCAAAUAAUAGACACGGCCUGCGCUAAGUACGUGCUCUGGCAACAGAGGCAAGCGAAGAUACGGUAGUACUAGCUGUAACGUUUCGGUACAGUCGGGAAGAAAAUUGAUAAAUUUCGUUACGGGUCUGCCGCCUCUCUGAGACUCUGUAGUGGCUCGCAGCGCAGUUCGGCUUGAUGACGGAACUUAUUGGUAAUAUAUUGAUAGGGACGUUUUAUCCGGUAAAGAGCCAAGAAAAACAUUAACUUAAUUUUUUUCAUUUAAGUUCAGGCAUGCUAGGAUGAGCAUAACGAAAGGUUUCCGAUUUUUAUACUUUUCAUGUUCUUCAUAAGACUAUUAAAUUUGUAUUAUUACAGCUUUAAUGUAUUAUUGAAAAAUCAUAAAAUUGACCAUAUUAUCAUUAAACUAUAAAAGAAAAUGCCUGUUGAAAAGGUACAUGAGUGUUUCUUGUUUUGUUAUCAACAGUCGUCCCUAAGCAUGCGGCUACUAUAGGAGUCUAUUUAAACGGUAGUAUGUACUUUAAUUAAUUUAACUUAUGUUUAUGCACAUAGUACAUACAAUAUGUUUUCUAAACAUUACUUUUACAAAAUGUCGAAUAAUUUAGUCUGGUACGGAUUCCCUCAUAUAAAUUUGUUAUAAUAUAAUUGUGUGGAAUAAAUAAGUUGUUAUUAAUCGUUAUUCUGAUGGUUCGUCAUUUUUGCAAGAAGCAAGCGUUGCUACCACUAUAAUUUAUUUUAAGAGUGUUCAUUGUUACCGUAAACAAUUAUUGUUAUAUAUAUGUCCUAGAUGAAAAUGUGGUUUCAUAGACUACUUCUUGUAAUCUUGAUGGUUCCUUUAAAUUGUUAUUGAAUUAGCACACCGAUUAAUAUGUUGAUGGUUGAAAAUUUUGCAUUCACAUUACGAAUACAAUUUUCGAUCAAGCCUUAUUUAGCAAUUUUGUUUUAAAUGCUCACUUAUAUUUACUAAGUAAUUGUUAACGAAAAUAACACUUGAAGAUAGUGUUGACUGAUGUGAAAACGAACUCAUUCUAAAAUAAAAGUUAUCAUUUUUCCCGACUGUACACGUCAGCCAUUUUGUUAAGUCGGAAGAAACAAAAUGGCGGCGUUACUUUGUUGUAAAAUUAGAGUAUUUUGAUGUGACGUAAGAACUGAUUUUAGUAAUAAAAUUGCGUUUCUUAAAUUACGGUACUGCCUUACUGUGGUCUCCUUUAGUCCUAAACAAUAUAAAUAUAUUUUAUGUGUCGUUACGCAUCACCGAUUUCACCAUAUUAUGUUCCUAAGUAAACGUGUAUCUAAGUUUAAUAUUCCUAAGCAUAAAUCGAAGUAAAUGAUGUAGGAAGGUUACCUCGAAGAAUUUAAUAUGUGUUAAUGAUUAUGUACAAGAAAGUGUGUGCUCUAAAGUUCGCCUUGAAAACAGAUUGUGAGUUGUACAAAUAUAGAGAUUUUAUGAAAUUGUCGUCACAUCAAAUUACUUAUAAACAAAUGUACCUUUAAAAUGUUUUUAUAUAAUAAAUAAAUAAAAAAUAAUUCUGUAAUAAAAUGUUCUGUGAAUACACGAAUAUCAUAUUAGUUUAAUAAUUGUAACGUUUAUUAUUAUUGUUUUAUUUAAAACCAAACUAAAUGACUCGAAAUCAGUUGGUUGUGUAAAAAAACUCAAUGUCAAUAAUUGUAUUGCAAUGUUACAAGAAAAUUAAAUCUAAGAAAAUAUCGAAAAAUUUCAGAACGAUUAAAAGGUUAAUUUAACAAAUAGGGUAAACUGUACAAUAUUUGUUAAAGUAAUAGAAUGUAAUCAUAGGUUGUACUAGAUAUUAGUUCCCUGUUGUUUUAGUUUUAACCGACUGCAAACAAAAAUAUAUUAAUCUCAAUAAACCUCAGCUCAAUCUAAAUUUUGUGACAUUUUAUUAUGUCUUCACGUGAUAUUGAUUAUGUUAUUUGUCCUCAUUGUUACCAUGACGAUUAUAAAGACGUUGGUCGCCAAUAAACGUAUGGGUUACCCUAAUUUAAAUUGUUUCUUUUUAAUAUUAAACUAAAAUGAAAUAUCGAAUUCACAUCUCGCUGGUUUCGAGUCAUUCUAAUAACAUUGCAUUUGAAUGAACCAAAUCCACAUCUGAACGUAAAUUUGUGUUAUAUUUAUUAAUGUAUUUUACAAUUAUUGCAUAUCAGUGCUUUUUGAUUGCAUUAAAACUGCAUCGGAAUUCUUUUUAAUUUGA